AUGGAUUCAACGGAUAUGGAGUUAGAGUGUGAUGGGAGUUGUGAAGCUUCAAAAAUCGUAAGGGACGAAGAUACGGAUGGCAAGCAUAAAACCAUUGAUGUUGAUCUUGAUUCAUAUGGGAGAGAAGAUGUUCCAAAUCCCCCAAAGAUAAGGAAGAAUGUCAAACAAUCAAUGGUUUGGGAUCACUUUGAGAGGCUUAAAGGUGAUCCUAAUGACCCUCGUGCUAAAUGUAAAUAUUGUGGAGUUGUUUAUGCAUGUCAUUCUAAACGUAAUGGUACUGGAACUAUGAAGCAUCAUUUAGAAAAUUGCAAAAAGUACCCUUACCAAAAAAAGAGAGACCAAACUCAAAUGACAUUAGCUUUUAAACAUAAAGACAAAGUUGGAGAUAAUUCUUCACUACUUGUAUGUGAAUCAUUUAGUUUAGAUGGUUGUCGGGAUGCUUUGGUUGAGAUGAUAAUAGUUGAUGAAUUGCCCUUUAAGUUUGUGGAGGGUAAGGGAUUUAAGAAGUUUGUGGAUAAAUUAACAUGUGGAAAUCAUACUAGAUUUGUUGUUCCAUCUCGAUUUACUGUGGCUAGAGAUGUGCUUAAGUUGUAUGUUAAUGAGAAGAAUCGUUUGAGAGACAUGUUUGUAAAAAAUAAGUAUAGAGUUUCUCUCACCAUUGAUUGUUGGACAUCAGGACAAAAUAUUAAUUACAUGGUCCUAACAGCCCAUUUCAUUGAUUCUGAUUGGAAAUUACAUAAGAGAAUACUUAGUUUUUCUCCAAUUGACAAUCAUAAAGGUGAUACUAUCGGUAAAACCAUUGAAAAGAAUUUGAAGGAUUGGGGCAUUGAGAGGGUAAUGACUUUGACGGUUGAUAAUGCAAGUUCGAAUGACACUGCUGUUGCUUAUCUUUUAAAGAGAUUCAAUAAAGGAUUAUUGUUUGGUGGGGAAUUUCUGCAUGUUCGUUGUUGUGCCCAUAUAUUGAAUCUUAUAGUAACUGAUGCUUUUAAGGAACAUAAUGAUUGUAUUGAUAGGAUUCGAUAUGCUGUGCGAUUUAUAAGGUCUUCUCCUGCUCGUUUUUUGAAAUUUAAAAAGUGCAUUGAACUUGAAAAAAUUGCUUGUAAGAGUUAUGUGUGUCUUGAUGUUCCUAGAAGAUGGAACUCCACAUAUAUGAUGCUUGAAGCUGCUGUUGAGUUUGAAAAAGCUUUUGAUAGAUUAAAAGAUGAAGAUGCCUCAUAUAUACUACUUCGAACUUGGUUUUCCAUCAAAUUACAGUGGUCCAGAAUUGUAUACGUUUGA